CCUAUGAUAAACUGCAAUAUAUGGUGUGCAUUGCCUAUAUGGUGCAAUUGUGAGGUUUGACAAGUGAUUCAAGAUGUCUUGAUUAGAUAAUGAACGUGUUCGAAACAGUGUUUUUUUUUUUUUCAAACAAGGUUUAAAUCCCUUUGGAACCUUUUUUCACGCUCCACUAGAAAAUACUCAGCUGUUGCGUGGACACAGGAUUGUCAUACUCAUGCGCGUAAAGUGCUGCGCACAUACGCAGUUUCGAAGAUCGCGUUGUAGUAAGGAUACACCCCGAGCCAUAUAUGUCUAUGCCCCGAGCCUGAUAUCUGUCAAACUCAAACAUUUACAGAGCCGUGCGCAGUCGAAUGCGCAGGAUUUAGAUUGUCACGAGAAACCAUACGGCCAGAUUAGCAGUUGACCCGCAGGAUUUGUUGCGUACCUGCUAUCCCUUCGGAAAAUGCCGGUGGUAAAUGUCUACAUUUCUUGCAGGUUUUAUCAUGACAGAUCACUUGAUGGUUGAAAAUAUUUUAAUCUAUUUAAAUUAAAUACAAAAUUCUACGUGUUUGUUGCUUAACAAUAAGGCUUUUAAAAUAUUUCCUGUCAAAUUAACUCCAGCUUUAGUAUGCCUGUGCUCGUAUAGAGUUGCUAGGAGCCGACUUUCAAAGCUAUACGAUGAACUCAAUUUUCAAGAAGAGUUCUUAAAGUGUGGUGCUAUUAAUAUAUUUUUUCUUCUUCUGGAAAGUGGUAAGCCUGUGUUGAUAACAAUUACCUGGCAAACCAACAUCAAAGUUGUGUAAUCCCACAACCGUACAUCUAGACGAUGAUUGAUGGCAGAAAUACAGUGUAAUGAGCCAAGCUCUUGGCUAACUCAUUGUGGCUCUCCUUGCGCAGCCUACCGUGCCACUGGAUAACAGACUUCUAUCACCUGUCACAGUGAAUCUUUCAGCCGACUUCUAAUAAUAGUUUCCACCAUGAGGAAGGUUCUUUUAAAACGGGCAAAGUGCUUUCCAUGGAUUGCUAAUGUCUCUUUAUAUGGAUGUUUAUUCGCUGGUGGGGAUUUUGUACAUCAGUGUAUCGCACACAGAGAUGAAAUAGACUGGAAACACACAAGGAACGUAGCAAUUGUAGCUUUCAGUUUCCAUGGAAACUUCAACUACUUCUGGUUGCGGGCGCUGGAGCAUCGUUUCCCGGGAAAAUCUGCCGGCAUGAUUCUUCGCAAACUGCUUCUGGACCAAAGUUUUGCAUCACCACUUGCAACAAGUGUCUUCUACACCGGGGUAAGCUUCUUAGAGGGCAAAGAUGACAUUUUCGAGGACUGGAGGGAGAAAUUCUUCAAUACCUACAAGACUGGAUUGAUGUAUUGGCCAUUUAUGCAGUUCCUGAACUUUGUGUUCAUGCCGCUGUACCUCCGCACUGCGUUCAUGGGCUGUUCUGCAUUUGCCUGGGCCACCUUCCUCUGCUUCUCACAACAGAGUGGUGACGGCACAGCGACUGUUGCCUUGGCAGUUCUGCUGUCUCCAACGAAGAGGCUUCAGGCUCGUGAGUCAAGCCAGGAGAAGUGACAUCCCCAAAGGCACGUCCGAAUCCAACGUUCAGCUUGUGCCUUCCCUGAAAGACCUUCAGAAUCUUAUGUUCCUGUUGUCAGUGUUGUCCCCUAACUAAGGGUCUCCAGUCAUUCACCUGUCAAACAUUAUUUUGUAUUCACUGUUAUGUUUUUUGAAUGUCAUUAGUGGGUUUAAGUAAUGUAUCUCUGUAUCUGUUGCAACUGUCAACUCAGCAGUUUAAAGGUCAAGUCUAUCAGUGUUCAAGUGUUUCCAUGUUCUCAAUACUUGAAAUGUACAUGAACCCAAAAGCAACAUGUUGCCAUUUACCCAAACACCUUACCCCCAUGAAAGGAGCUUGUCAACAGUCCGUAGUGUUUUAUCCACUUGAUCUUGUUCUCUGUAAAAUCCCUUGUCUGUGUUGGAGCAUAUAGUCAUCAGCAAGUCAUUGUAGGACGUAUUUUGUGGUGUUUUCUGAUGUUUGUUGAUCUCGUGAAAUGGCAGGUUACGUGAACACAAUACCUGCUUUUUUACCUAACCUCACAGACCAGCCCGACUUUAUCCACAGAGGCCAGAAGCCUCCAUUAUUUUAUCACUGUUCCAAUGGAAUGUGUUGCUGGAUUUGAAGUGAAUGACUUCAUGAAACUAAGUUAUUGUAUGUGAUCUUCCGGUAAGGACACUCGAUAGCACAGAUCUUCAAUUGACUAAUUUGUGUGGAUUAACUGGAUGACACGUUUGCUAAUCUUGGAUGGGCCAAAUUGUCUGGUGUGCUUUUGGCUGUCCUCCACAGCUGACCUUUGACUGAGGAAACAUUUAUUUAUUAUUUAUUAUAUUUAUUUUUGAAGCAAUUCCUUUUGUUUUCUUGUUGCAGAACAACCACUACAGAAGUAAUACAGGUGCAUAGAUGUAACAAUUUGCCUUUUUGUUUUUCAAAAACUAUUUUUGUGAAAAUAUAACUAUCUAGUGGACCAGAAUAAGAAUAGAGUGAAACACCAAUUGUCUGGGCUGUGUGAAAAGUCAUCCUGAAUUAAAAAAGAAAAGUGUGAAUGUU